UAUCGAUUAUUUCUGGAAAGUGGGUUUUGAAUUUUUCCAGUAGAUUGUCGACGUUCCCGGCCAAAGGGUAGCCGGAUUUAUUUUUUCGCAAUCGUUUUCCUUAGCCGAGUGUCGUUAAAGACAUCGUUUAGGUGCGAGUGACUUAAAAAUGAAAUGAGAGGAACUCCUCGAUGGCCGAAUGCAUCCGGGAAUCGAUGCUCGAGUGCCCUUCUGGAUGACCUUUGAAAUAUCGACGAAACAGCAGAUAUUAUGCAACAAUAGACGACGGCGGCUCUAUAUAUCAAGUGUAAAGCUUCCAUGAAGAAAUUUUCCGUUAUAUCUGGCCUACACGAUGACAAGUUAAACCAGUCAUACAUGAACCCCUCGCCAGGGUCCUCUCCCGCCCCGGUGCAUGGGGUAAACAUCAUUUUGGGAGGGGCGAUGUUAAGCGGAAUUAUCUUGGUUAUUUUCUUGCUCUGCUACUGUUGCCACAAGACCAACAGGAAAUCGAAUUCGAACCUUUCAACGAUUUGGAGGGACCCGACCCUGUCUCUUCAGAUAUAUACUGUCGAAGCGGCCCAAAAUAGAUUGGUCGACCUGGAAGAUUAUCCUUCGGGCGAAGAUCCGUCGCGAUGCCCGUCUCCAGGUCCGCCACCGCCAUACGAAGUCGUCGUGCCUGAAUACAGACCACCGAGUGGCGAUUCCAAAUGGUCGGACAGCACCGGGCUGCCCUCGUACGAGGCGGCUGUCAAAAACAUUCAAUCGUCGUUGCACGAAUAUCCAUGACGAACGAAUUGAUUAGUUUUUAGCAAAUUUCUAGGACAUACUGUACAUAGAAAACUUUUUAACGAACGUGUAUAUAUUCAGACAAGUAAAAUACUACGAUUAAUCAGCUCUUAUUGCUUGUUACUUUCGAAAAUCGAACUUUAGA